AAAAAAAAGUGAUCUUUUUUUAGGAAAACUGAAAACUUUAAUUGGGAGCGAGCAAGAAGAAGAUAAUCAUCGAUCGAUCUGGAGAAGAAGAUGGGAGAUUCGGAGUCAUUCGUUGGGAAAAAUUGGAAUGGAUUCAAGGGUUUCUGGAGUGAUAGGCUCUCUUUCUUCGAUAACUACACGAGGUUCACCAAACGCGACGCUCCUCUUCCUUCUUGGUCUUCCUCCGACGUCGAGGAGUUCAUUGCCUCCGAUCCUGUUCAUGGCCCUACCCUGAAAACUGCUAGGGAAGCUGUGACCUUUGGUGUUACUGGAGCUGCUCUUGGAGCUGUUUCUACUGCUGCUAUUGCCUGGAAAUACUCCAGGACUCCACAUGGUGCUGCAUUGUCGUUCUUAGGAGGAGGUCUUUUUGGUUGGACCUUUGGGCAAGAAAUCGCAAACCACACGAUGCAACUCUAUAAGUUGGACACAAUGGCAGCCCAAGUUAAGUUCAUGGAAUGGUGGGAACGCAAGAGUCAAGGAAGGUCCUGAAUCCUAAACGAAGACUUGAGUGCUGCUUUCUUGUCCAGAGUAUCUUGCAAUAAUCAUAAAAUGGUGACCGUUGUCCAUUUCCAGACUUUCUCUUUUGAACCUUCCUGUUCUCGCUUUUGGAGCAUGUUUUCCUUGUCUCAAUAAUCCAACACGCCUCAUCGAAUGUUUUGAAGAUUUAAGGAAAUGAAUUGAAAGAAACCAAAUGGUUUCUGAAAAAAGAAGUUAAAAACGUUGACUUCACUUACUGUGUGACGCAGAUAAAGCUUUCUGUUGGUA